CGCGUCCUAGGAAAAAACCUCAAUUUCAUUCGGUUCCACGGAGCAGCGUAAAGCAAGGAGAGAGAGAGGAGAGAGAUGGCAGCAUUGAGAGCGGCGGUGUCUGGCCGUAUUGGUAUCACCAGACGCGUCUUCUCGACAUUUCCCUUCUCAUCUCCAGCUCCAGCUGCAACUCCUCAGCCCGCUGCCGAACCUUCCACCAAUCUCUUCGUUUCAGGGCUUAGCAAACGUACAACAUCAGAGGGUCUUAGAGAAGCCUUUUCGAAAUUUGGCCAAGUUGUCCAUGCUAGAGUUGUAACAGACCGGGUUUCAGGAUAUUCUAAAGGUUUCGGUUUUGUAAGAUAUGAAACCCUAGAAGACGCCGCCGAAGGUAUAAAGGGCAUGGAUGGAAAGUUCUUAGAUGGUUGGGUAAUUUUUGCGGAGUAUGCAAGACCCAGAUCGCCGCCGCCGCCGCCGCAGACCAACGGACCUUCUCCGUCGGGCUUUCCAUAACUCGAAUUAUUAUUUUCAGAGAUGUUGAACUGUACCGAUAUGAACAACUUAUGGGUUUGUGUUCUCAAUUUUGUCUUAAGAGAACUCUAUGAUUUGAAGAAUAGCCAUGAAAGAGAAUUCUCUUUCACACUCUGUGAAAACGGUUUGAUUAGUCAACGGAUGGGUAGGAAGGAGUUUUAACAUAAACAUUUAUUAUAUAAACAUUAUAGAACUUUGAAUUA